AAAAUUAACUUUUUUUUUGUGGGGUUCUUGUUAUUUCUCAAUUUUGAUUUCUGGGUUUCCCAUCUUUUUGAUCCUCGACGCUUCUUGGGUGCAGCUCAGAAUAAACAAAAAAAAAAUUGAAAAAAAGAUGAGAUUUUGUUGAUUGAUUCUUCAAGAAUUUUUUUUGGGCUAUGGAAAAGGAAAAAGUAUUCUUCCAUAAAAUAAUACGGUUUCUUCAAUUUGAGAUAUCACGUAGAGUCUAAAGUUCUUGAAUUCUUGCUAUACCUGAUGUUCUAAACAUACUUUGCGGUCAGUCAUGAGAACAGCCACCUCAAGUUAUUGGUUGACCUGGAGCUUCUUAAUCUUGGGAUCGGGCCUCCUCGUAUUUGUAGGAAUUGCAGCACUCAUAAUAUGGAAGUAUGAAGGUUCGCCAAAGUUGGGAAACCAGGAAAGAGAUAGUAAGAAGAAAAAGGUUGGGUUCUUGUACAAAGAUGAAGCUUGGACAACAUGUCACAAAGCAAUCCAUCCUGCUUGGCUGCUUGCUUACAGGCUAACUGCUUUCACUUUUCUUCUAUCAAUGCUCUCCUCAGAUGCUUUUUUGAAUAGUACAGAUAUAUUCUUUUUCUAUACUCAGUGGACAUUCUCUUUGGUCACUAUCUAUUUUGGGUUAGGGUCUUUACUCUCCAUCUAUGGCUGUAUCCAAUAUCGAAAGGGUGUUGCUGGUGCAAAAGUUUGUUGUAUUGAUGAAGAGAGAAGCGAUUCUCCAACGCUUGAGAAAAAUGCAAGUUUACCUGGCAUAUACAAGGAUUUGAGUUCCAAUGAGGAAACUGAUGUUAGAGAACCGGCAGGUUAUUUGGGCUAUGCCUUUCAGAUAAUUUUUCAGGUCUGUGCUGGUGCCGUGGUGCUUACGGAUUGCAUUUAUUGGCUUCUUAUCUACCCGUUUUUCUUACCCAGUGGUUUCGGAUUACAAUUUCUAGUUGUUGGUAUGCAUUCUAUCAAUGCCAUUACCCUGCUUGGCGAUGUGAUGCUGAAUUCUCUACGGUUCCCUUUCUUCAGAUUUGCAUAUUUUGUGCUUUAUACAUGCACAUUUGUCGCAUUCCAGUGGCUCGUCCAUAUGUGUGUCUCAAAGUGGUGGCCUUAUCCCUUCUUGGACAUUUCAUACAAAUACGCUCCCUUAGUGUACUUGAUGGUUGGUGUAAUUCAUCUCCCUUGCUAUGGUCGGAUUACACCAACCAUCAAGUACUACCUUAGUAGGAGUAAGGUCUGCGUACACUUCAUCCUCUCCAGAUCCCACGUUGUGGGAUUUCACUGAGUUGUUGUUGUUAUAUGUAAUUAGUGUUUUGUACCUCUUUAUCUUCUCAGGUCGGAUUAAGAUUGCAUAUAUGUAAUUGUUGUUUUGUAUUCUUGAA